AUGAUACUAGAUAUCCCACAAGAACCAACCGACCGCGUCGUCGCCUUCCUAUGGAAGUACCCUUAUGACCCUCUAGCUUUGAACGACGCUCUGCGGGCAGUUCUAGUCUGGGACAGCAUCUCGAAGGCAGAGAACUGUGAGGCGGAGGUCUCGGCCUCUGGAAUUGUUGAUGGGGUACGAGGAAUGAAGAACCCCGUUCCUGAAGUUGACCUUGCUCACUUUAUUAUCUACUGGCCACACUACAAGCGGUAUCACGAGGUCAACCACAUGUCUCGGUAUAUGCACCCUUUCCGUUUUGUCCAUGCCCAUUAUGGGCAAGACACUCUCAAACAUGGAGUGCAUAUGAAGAUCGAUUCUAGCAGUCUGAACUCUGAACGAAUUCGCGAGCUGGUCGCGAACCUGGGAUUGCUAUCGCCCGAUUAUUGA